AUGGCAGAAAUAAUGAAAGAUGACGAUACUGACAUGGAGACUGACGUUACUGACCCCAUAAUGGAACGCAAAUUACUUGGCCCAGAGGAUGACAACAUUAACCCUAACACUUACACUAACAAUGAGACGCAAAAUUCCUCUGAUUCGACUGGAAUGGAAGGCCUUACACAAAAAACACCGGAGAUAACCUACAAACAUUCCCCUUCUAAUGCUCUUAAUAAUAAUAACCUAGACACUAACCGGAUCAGAGACAUCAUUAACAGUAUUCCGGAUAAUUUAGAUAGGACCUUCAGGGCACUUAAUAACCAUAAAUUUAAUCUUCAAAAAACUAAUAUCCUACUGGAUAAGCUUGAGCAGCACAAAGAGAUGAAUACCUCCCCAACAGGCCUCAUACCUAAAGUAGAAUGCAGG